AUGCUGUUCGAGAGCGAAAAGGUCGCCUCGCCGGGAAGCGGCCAUAAUGGCAGCUGGGCGUUCGACGCGGACGUUGCCCCCGGCCCGUGGUUGCAUACCUUGAUAGGCCAGCAGCCGCUACGACGCCGUAGCUCCACGUCGUCAACCCGCUGGUGCGCGCACACGCCAAUCUGGUCGUUAGAGCGCGCUCUUGUGAUGCCGUCGUCACCACCGGACCGACGAAAGCGGCCGGCCGACUCGGGCGCGAGUCCAAGUGCACAUACGCGAACGAGCUCACACGCACCCGCGACACCAGCGCAGAAAACACCGCUCGGGCUCGGUCGACGGCUCUUGAUGGAGGCGAGCGCUGGCGCUAUCGCCGAGGCCCUAGUUGAGUUUCUCCUGUACCCACUCGACACGCUCAAGCAGACGCAGCAGCUGCCAACGGCACACCGCCGGCUGAUCCACUCUCGCCACGCAACAGCUGCAGCUGCUUCGACACUGGCGUGGCGAUCUGCCUCGGGCCUGCACUGGCUGGGUCCAGUACGCGCAUUCCAGCAUGCCGUACGUCGUAUGGCGGAUGGUCGCGGUUUUCGCCAGCUCUACGCCGGUGUCCUGUCCGGCGUGAUUGGUUCACUUCCAACUGCAGCGUUAUUCGCGAUCACGUACGAGUCGGUGCGUCGAACGCUACGUCGAACGCGCCCCGGUGCGUCUCAUUAUCAUGACCAGGGUCUGCGUGCGAACUCGGACGCGGGCCCGAGGCUCUUCUGGGAGUCCACCACCGCAGCCGCUAUGGCAAAUAUCGUUAGCAGCCUCGUCGAUACGCCUGCGGAGUUGAUCAAACAGCGCGUGCAGUCAUGCCUGCAGCCGAAUAUUGUCGCAGCAGCGCGACACCUUUGGGUUCAUGAAGGCGGCCUUAUGGCGCUCUGGACUGGGUACGGGUCGAAUCUCUUGCGAAACUUGCCGUUCGACGCCCUUGAGUUUGGGACGUUCGAGCAAUUCAAACAGAUCACGCAGCGAGUGCAAGGUCGCGAAAGACUCGCCGAAUGGGAACUGCUUCUGCUGGGUAUGAGCGCCGGCGGUCUCAUUGGGGUCAUCACCACCCCGCUGGACGUGGUGCGUACGCGCAUGCUGGUCUCUGGCACCCAGCCGGGCCGCCCCGCAACCUCAGUCUUGCAGGCGAUCAGAGCGCUGCUCGGAGAGGGUGGUGUCCCUGCACUCUUCCGGGGCGUCAUGCCGCGCGCAACCUGGGAAGCGGUAUCGUCCGGCAUAUUCUUUAUGUUCUUUGACUCGUUGAAGACGUGCUUUGGAGUACAGUUAGAGCCAGCGAACGAUUCUGAUUGA